AUGGUGAUGGAAGUGGUGCUGGGGGAGUACGGAGAUGGGGGGGAGACGCAGGAGCUCACGCAGCAGCCCGACACCGGCCCAGAGACGACGCCACCAGCCCAGAGUGGCGGCGACGAGGCGGCGCCCGAAGCCACCUGGGGCCGGCUGAUCUGCCUGGCGCCCGAGCCUGGGAUCCACGAGCUAAAGCAGCGUCAGUGCGUCAUGGGUCGCACCACCAACGCGCACGCGCAGAUCCAGAUCGACGACGCCCGCGUGAGCUCCUCGCACUGCAAGAUCUUUCGCACGCCGGAGGGUGCGGUGCAGCUGCUCGACUGCUCCUCGAACGGGACGUACGUCAACGGCAAGGCGGCGAGGAUCCUCAAGUCUUUGCACCACGCGCACAUCAUCCGCUUCUACGACGUCUUCGCGACGGAGACCGAGCCCUGCCUGCUGGUCGGCUACCUCCACUCCAAGUCAAUCGUCCACCGCGACCUCAAGCCGGAGAACAUCCUGCUGCAGGCGGCUGCGCCGGAGGGCGGCGCUGUCCCCGUCUGCAAGAUAGCCGACUUUGGGCUCGCCAAGCUGGACCGCGUCGCGUCGACCUUUUGCGGGACGCCGCAGUACUUUGCGCCGGAAGUGCUCGGCUGCCGCGAGUCAAAGCGAGGCGACGAGUCUGCGUACAUCCUGCUCUGCGGCUCCCCCCCCUUCAACGAGACCGCGGGCUGCUCCGAUACCAUCUUCGACCAGAUCCGGCGAGGCAUCCGGCCGUCACUCCACUUUGCGCACGCGCCAUGGCCGGGCAUUUCCCCCGCCGCGAGGCAGCUCGUCGGCGCGAUGCUGGAGCUGGACCCGCAGCGCCGCAUCACCGUCGCCGCCGCCAAGGAGCCGUCGGGCCUCAGAGGAGCACCCGUGGAUGAGGGGCCUUAG